GACGUGAUGUUCAGUUUCUUGCCGCUGGCGCACAUGUUUGAGCGUAUGAUGGAAACAGUGGCGUUUAUGACUGGCAUGCGGAUUGGUUAUUAUAAUGGCGAUAUCAAAACGGUUGUGGAUGAUAUUAAGGAACUGAAACCAACAAUAUUACCGAUGGUGCCUCGAGUGCUGAAUCGGAUAUAUGAUAAGGUUAUCUGA